AUGGGCAAUCGCGGGAUGGAAGAGCUGAUCCCGCUGGUCAACAAGCUCCAGGACGCCUUCAGCUCCAUCGGUCAGAGUUGCCACCUGGACUUGCCUCAGAUCGCUGUGGUGGGCGGCCAGAGCGCGGGCAAGAGCUCGGUGCUCGAGAACUUCGUGGGCCGGGACUUCCUUCCUCGAGGUUCGGGAAUUGUCACCCGGCGGCCUCUCAUUCUGCAGCUCAUCUUCUCAAAAACAGAAUAUGCUGAAUUUUUGCACUGCAAGUCCAAGAAGUUUACAGACUUUGAUGAAGUCCGACAGGAGAUUGAGGCGGAGACCGACAGGGUCACGGGGACCAACAAAGGCAUCUCCCCCGUGCCCAUCAACCUGCGGGUCUACUCGCCGCACGUAUUGAACUUGACCCUCAUAGACCUCCCAGGCAUCACCAAGGUACCUGUGGGGGACCAACCCCCAGACAUCGAGUACCAAAUCAAGGACAUGAUCCUGCAGUUCAUCAGCCGGGAGAGCAGCCUCAUCCUAGCCGUGACCCCUGCCAACAUGGACCUGGCCAACUCGGAUGCCCUCAAGCUGGCCAAGGAGGUCGACCCGCAAGGCCUGCGGACCAUUGGCGUCAUCACCAAGCUUGACCUGAUGGACGAGGGCACCGACGCCAGGGAUAUCCUAGAGAACAAGCUGCUCCCCUUGAGAAGAGGCUACAUUGGUGUGGUGAACCGAAGCCAGAAGGACAUCGAGGGCAAGAAAGACAUUCGUGCGGCACUGGCAGCCGAGAGGAAGUUCUUUCUCUCUCACCCGGCCUACCGGCACAUGGCUGAUCGCAUGGGCACCCCACACCUGCAGAAGACUCUGAAUCAGCAACUGACCAACCACAUCCGGGAGUCACUGCCGACCUUGCGCAGCAAGCUGCAGAGCCAGUUGCUGUCCCUGGAGAAGGAGGUGGAGGAAUACAAGAACUUCCGGCCCGACGACCCCACACGUAAAACCAAAGCCCUGUUGCAGAUGGUCCAGCAAUUUGGGGUGGACUUUGAGAAGCGGAUAGAGGGCUCUGGAGACCAAGUGGACACACUGGAGCUCUCUGGGGGCGCCCGAAUCAAUCGCAUCUUCCAUGAGCGGUUUCCCUUCGAGCUGGUGAAGAUGGAGUUUGAUGAGAAAGACUUAAGACGGGAGAUCAGCUACGCCAUUAAGAACAUUCAUGGUGUCAGGACCGGGCUCUUCACCCCGGACCUGGCAUUCGAGGCCAUUGUGAAAAAGCAGGUCGUCAAGCUGAAAGAGCCCUGUCUGAAAUGUGUCGACCUGGUUAUCCAGGAGCUAAUCAAUACAGUUAGGCAGUGUACCAGUAAGCUCAGCUCCUACCCCCGGUUGAGAGAGGAAACAGAGCGAAUUGUCACCACUUACAUCCGAGAACGGGAAGGGAGAACCAAGGACCAGAUUCUUCUUCUCAUUGACAUUGAGCAGUCCUACAUCAACACAAACCACGAGGACUUCAUUGGAUUUGCCAAUGCCCAGCAGAGGAGCACACAGCUGAACAAGAAGAGAGCCAUUCCCAACCAGGUGAUCCGCAAGGGCUGGCUGACCAUCAACAACAUCAGCCUCAUGAAGGGCGGCUCCAAGGAGUAUUGGUUUGUGCUGACAGCCGAAUCUCUGUCCUGGUACAAGGAUGAGGAGGAGAAAGAGAAGAAAUACAUGCUGCCUUUGGACAACCUCAAAAUCCGUGAUGUGGAGAAGGGCUUCAUGUCCAACAAGCACGUCUUUGCCAUCUUCAACACGGAGCAGAGGAAUGUCUAUAAGGACCUGCGGCAGAUCGAGCUGGCCUGUGAGUCCCAGGAGGAAGUGGACAGCUGGAAGGCCUCCUUCCUCCGAGCUGGUGUCUACCCUGAGAAGGACCAGGCAGAAAACGAGGAUGGUGGAGUGCAAGAGAACACCUUCUCCAUGGACCCACAGCUGGAGCGCCAGGUGGAGACCAUUCGCAACCUGGUAGACUCCUACGUGGCCAUCAUCAACAAGUCCAUCCGCGACCUCAUGCCAAAGACCAUCAUGCACCUCAUGAUCAACAAUACGAAGGCCUUCAUCCACCACGAACUGCUGGCCUACCUGUACUCAUCGGCAGAUCAGAACAGCCUCAUGGAGGAGUCAGCUGAGCAGGCCCAGCGGCGAGACGACAUGCUGCGCAUGUACCACGCACUGAAGGAAGCGCUCCACAUAAUAGGGGACAUCAGCACCAGCACUGUGUCCACACCCGUGCCUCCACCCGUUGAUGACACCUGGCUCCAGAACGCCAGCAACCACAGCCCUACUCCACAGCGGCGACCUGUGUCCAGCGUGCACCCCCCAGGAAGGCCCCCAGCAGUGAGGGGCCCCACCCCAGGGCCUCCCCUGAUGCCUGUGCCGGUGGGGCCAGCAGCCUCCUUCUCAGCGCCUCCCAUUCCGUCCCGGCCCAUACCCCAGAGCGUGUUUGCCAAUAAUGACCCCUUCUUGGCCCCACCUCAGAUCCCGUCUCGGCCCGCUCGGAUUCCACCCGGCAUCCCCCCUGGAGUGCCCAGCAGAAGACCCCCGGCUGCGCCCAGCCGGCCCACCAUUAUCCGCCCAGCCGAGCCAUCCCUGCUCGACUAG